CGACGCUUUGGCCAGUUCCCCUGCGUACGCCGUGGAAACAACACGCACCAUCGUCACUGUCCGACCCGAUCUGAUCCCAUCCGAUCGAAAGCGAAAUCUCAAUUGUGCGCCAUGGAGUUCAACAAUCGCCUGUUGCUGAAAAUCAUCGAGCUGGCCAUCGCCAUCGCCUGCAUUGUGCUGUACGAGACGGUUGGUAACAUGUCCUCGCACCCGGUGAUUGUGGCCGGAACCAUCGGUGGUUACACGGUCAUCUGCGGCGUUCUGCUGAUCGGCCACGUGAUCAACUCGCUGGUGGAGAAGCGCCUCAACGCCCUGUUCUCGCUGGCCGGAUGCCUGCUCUUCGUGGCCUCCGGAGCCCUGGUCAUCGACGAGUGGCACGGCGGCAUCCUGAACACGGACAGGAAGCGCCAGGCCAUCGGCGCCGGGUCCCUGAUGAUCAUCAACGCGGCCGUCUUCCUCCUGGACACCCUCUGCAUCUGCCGGACGUAAAGAUCGUUCCUCGUUCCGCCCGUCGGCCAUUCGCCCAUAUAAAUAUUUUUUUUGCCUAUCGAAUAACUCGUGUUGAGAAACCAACCAGAAUCUGUUGUAUAUGUAAAUGUUUUUUUUUAUAUGUUUCUGUGUACCUCUUACAAGCAUUCUAGAUAUUUAUACGUGUCCUAAGCUAAUCUCAGAAAACGCACGCAGAUUACGUACAGGAAUCCAUUAAAUAUAUAUGUGCACACACACAUGCCA